AUGCCUCGUGGUAACAUCACAGAGAGGCAUUUUCAUUCACCUGUCCUGGCUGGAACCUCCACUAUACCUGUGAGAGGAAGAAAGGGAGGCACUGCCAUACUGACAUAUGAAUAUGAGGCCAGAGACAUUUCAGAUAUUCGCUUCAUUCGUCACAGAAAACCCGUGCACUUUGCUGACCUCCCCAUUUGUGAAGAAUAUAAAAGUGGGAGUGGCCGAGUAUGUAAAAAAGAAGCAUGUGCCAUCAUCAUCAAGGACCUGAUCUUCAGUGACGCUGGGAAAUACAUUUUUAGAUUCAAGUACAAAAAUGCUCUGACAGAUCUGAAGUACCAACUUCAUAUUUAUGAUGAGAUUUCUAUGAAAAUCGGCGAGGAGCUGAAGUUGGAUGUUCUGUUGUCAGAUGCUGAUAAAGUGCAGCAUCAGAGCAGCGGAAGCAAAAAGUGGAAGGAGGUUUGGAAGAGAGGCCAUGGUGUUCAAAAUCAUCAGCUGGAUGACAGAGACGGAAACCUGACCAUCAAUAACUUUACAGCCAAUGAUUCAGGAACGUACAGAGUCUUGGGCUCUGCAGGAGAAAUCUUGAUCACAGUGACUGUUGAAGAUGAACUCAAGAGUGAUGCUGAACAACACAGUAAGUGCAGAUGCUGGAAUCUUCUGCUGCUGCUGUUUUGUCUCGUCUAUCACAGCGAGACCCCCCCUGUAGGAUCCCACUCUGUGACAAGAAAAAAGGCAGACAGUUUCACACUGCCAUGUAAAGUUGAGGACAAUGAGAUUAUUUAUUUAAUCAGACAGUCAAAAAUCAUCCUUGUCUGUCAGAAUGAAGAAUGUGAGAAUAAGAAUAAAAAUGUGCAAGGAGUCUGUAAGAAAGGAGCCUGUGACGUCACCAUCAAGAAUCUGAGCUUUAGUGAUGCUGGGAAAUAUAUUUUGAGGUUCAAUUAUAAAAAUGAUCCAAAAGAGAAGAAGCAAGAAAAGGAGAAGACGUACCGACUUUGUAUUCAUGAUGAGGUUUCUGUGAAAACCGGCGAGCAGCUGAAGUUGGAUGUUCUUUCCAAUGCUGAUAAAGUGCAGCAUCAGAACGAAACCAGCGCAGAGUGGACGGAGAUCUGGAGCAGAAGUGACAGAGAUCAGAGCGAUCGACUGACCGACAGUGAUGGGACUCUGACCAUUAAUAAUUUUACAGCCAGUGAUGCAGGAACUUACAGAGUUCUGGACACUGAAGGAGAAAUCCUGAUCACAGUGACAGUCACGGAAUCUAGAAGAGAAUCAAAGGGAAAACUGGACGACACUGAACAACAUAUUAAGUAA